AUGCCAGAGCCAGCAUACGCAGCAAGCGAAAGCAGCCCAUCAGUGGACAUUGACGUAGAUGCAAAUGUCAAGGUUGAGGAGGAGAUUGAGCGAGAUCAAUGGACCAACAAGGCAGAGUUCAUGCUUUCCUGUAUAGGCAUGUCCGUCGGCUUGGGAAACAUUUGGCGAUUCCCGUACCUGGCCUAUAAAAAUGGGGGAGCUGCCUUCGUCAUCGCCUACAUAAUCCUGCAGGUUUUCAUUGGCAAGCCUAUGUAUAUGAUGGAGCUAGUGGUCAGCCAGUACUCAGGACAAGGUCCUACCGGUAUAUGGGCAAUGAAUCCCAGUGCGAAAGGUAUUGGUUGGUCCAUGGCCAUCAUAUCACUUAUCGUCUCCAUCUACUACAUCGUGAUUAUGGCAUAUACAUUGUACUAUUUAUUCGGCUCGAUGCAGAAGAUUUUGCCGUGGACAAAAUGCACAGAUGAAUGGCUUGACAUCGGUUGCGUCGAAAAGACCACCCCCAAACUUGAAACCUGUACCGGCAAUGCAACCCUUGAUAUGGUUGGUAAAUGUCUCUGCAGUCCAACAAACUACACUUUCAAUGAGGGUCUUUCGGUUAAUUGCACCAAUACCUCGAACACAGCAGUCUCUGAAUUAUAUUUCUACAAGACGGUUCUCCAACUCGCCCCGAACAUGUAUCCCGAUGACAUUGGAGCCCCUAAAUGGCAACUGGCACUUUGUCUCCUUCUGGCAUGGAUUAUUGUAUGUGCGUGCAUUUUAAAAGGGAUCAAGUCCUCUGGAAAGGUUGUCUACUUCUCUGCCACAUUCCCGUACGUUAUCCUUAUCAUCCUUCUUAUCCGAGGCAGUCUCCUGGACGGGGCCAUUGAUGGUGUUAAAUUCUUCAUCGUUCCCGAAUGGAGCCAACUGCUCAAACUAGAGGUGUGGGCCGCUGCAGCUGGUCAGAUGUUCUUCUCGUUGGGGGUAUCCUUCGGGGGUAUAAUGACGUUCGGCAGCUACACCAAUUUCAAGAACAACAUCUAUACUGACGCACUGGUGAUUAGUACCAUGGAUCUUAUCACAAGUAUCAUCUCCGGCUUUGUCAUCUUCACCACUUUUGGAGGCAUGGCCAAGCAAAUCGGAGUGUCCGUUCAAGACGUGGCCAAGGGAGGAUAUGGUCUCGCUUUCGUGGCCUACCCCGAGGCUCUCUCCAACUUGCCUCCAAUGCAGCUCUGGUCAAUAUUAUUCUUCUUUAUGCUGUUCACACUCGGUCUCGACAGUCAGUUUGUUUUCCUGGAAACAACUCUCACAUGUAUACAAGACGAGUACCCCAAACUUCGGAAGUACAAGCCUCAACUGAGCAUCUGCUUUGCAAUCGCAUUGUACUUCAUUGCCCUUUCUUGCAUUACCCCGGCUGGUGACUAUGUGGUUACGUUGAUGGAUUUCUAUGGUGCGGAUUUCUCGGUCCUCUUCGUAUCUACCUGUGAGAGUAUCUCUAUCAUGUGGGUGUACGGAGUCGAACGGGUAAUGCAGGAUUGCAAAUACAUGCUGGGAUAUGAGCCUCGGCCUAAGUACUUCUGGGGUUUCUGUUGGUUCGUGUGUUCGCCUUUGCUUGUUGGGGCACUCUUCAUCUACAAAAUGAUUAAAUUCAAGGAACUUGCACCGGAAAUUUCAAAAGGAGUUCCAUUCCCCGAUUUUGCCCAAGGAAUCGGUUUGGGCCUCACUGCCUUGGUUCUCAUCCCAAUACCCGUCGUGUUUCUUUACAAAUUUCUUACCGCAAAAGGGAACUUGCUGGAGCGCCUGCGAUCGAUAACCACGCCCGAUAAAACUUGGGGACCCAACGACGGCAGUAUGAAACGUCCCCUGACCAACGGUGUUGACAUGGUCGCAGUUUAUGGUAUUGACAAUCCUGCAGUGGUUUCUAAUGGUGAGGACUACACGCGUAUGUAA